AAACAAGGUGGUUAUUAAAAGUUCAAACUCAGAGAAACAAGCACAUUCUAGAAACAAAUUGGAAGCGUGAACAAUGUCUCUGUUAUUGUGUCUUCUUGUAGGCUUAGGUCUCAUUACUGGAACAGUAGCAGAGGUUCCUGGAGGAGGACCUAUAGUUUCUACUACAUAUGGCGACGUCAUGGGAGAGAAGCUAUACUUUAGUGAAGAUCAAUACCUAAAUUACAGUGGUUAUUUUAACUACUUUAAAGGGAUUCCGUACGCUGAGCCACCAAUUGGCAAUCUUCGUUUUCGGCCUCCUGAAACAGUAGCUCCAUGGCCUGAUGUUUAUAAUGCCACAUACUUCCGGAGUGACUGUCCACAAAUUCAAAGUCCGUCGAGUUCUGAAGAUUGUUUGCACCUCAAUGUCCUCGUUCCGGUUAAAAAUUUGACUGAUGCCCCCGUUAUGGUUUGGAUCCAUGGUGGGCAAUAUAGCUUCGGAUCUGGGUCUCAAGAUUUUUACUGGGGUGUACCAUUAUUAGCAGCCUCUGGGGGUGACGUCAUUCUCGUGACACUCAACUACCGGUUGGGCGUUUUUGGAUUUCAAACGACAGGCGACGAUGUUUCCCCGGGUAACUAUGGUCUGAUGGAUCAAAGUAUGGCACUGCAAUGGGUUCGUGAAAACAUUGAAGCCUUUGGCGGAGAUCCAGAGAAAGUGACAAUAUUUGGCGUAAGUGCAGGAGCAGGCAGCGUCAGCGCACAUUUGUUGGCGUCUACAAAGUGUGAUUUAUUCCAGAGGGCGAUUCUUCAGAGUGGGUCUAUGUUUGACAGUUCAGCAAUGAUAGAGCUCAACAUAACACGUGCUGUAAAAGCUAACAAAUACGUAGCAUCCAUGGUAGGUUGUGAGACCGAAUCAUCAACGAACAUGGUAGAGUGCAUGCGCAAUGCAAGUAUGCAUGACAUUCUCAAAGCUACGCUUGAGGUUGAGAAACACCUUAGUGGUCCGAGAAGAACUGUUGUAUUUUAUCCAGUUGUUGACAAAAAGUUUAUUCCCGAUUAUCCAGAAGAGCUCAUCAAAAGUGGAGAGUUCAAAAAAGUUGACCUUAUUCUCGGAGUGAAUCGGGAUGAAGGCACCUUCUGGCUGAAUGAAAUAUUUGACUCAGAUGAUCUUCUAGCCGACGAACCACCACAUAUCAAUGAGACUUAUUUUGGACAUCUUCUUCAAAAAAUAUUCCCAAAUGACAACAAACUAUACAUAGAUUCACUAAAACAGGAGUACACUGAUUGGGAGAAUGCUGAUGAUCCAGAGUAUAACUACAUACAAGAGUGGGCUAAACUAUCCACCGAUGAGUUGUUUCAAUGUCCAACAGACGUCACAGCUAGGGCGUUGGCAGACGCGGGAAAAUAUGUAUAUCGAUAUGUCAAUACGCAGAUUCCGUCACGAGCUGCCCUCUCUCCCGAGUUAUGUUACCCAGAAUGGCACGGAGUGUCUCAUGUAGAUGACGUACCUUUUGUGUUUGGUUGGCAUUUUAAUACUGAAUUUAAGACACCUUUCACCCAAACAAAAGAAGAAGUGAUCAUGUCAUUAAAGGUCAUGCGUUAUUGGACAAACUUUGCGAAGACAGGUAAUCCAAACAUGGCAGAGAUAAAUGUGACCACCGUAGCUGAGCCAUGGCCACUCUUCACAGUUCCUGGACUGGAAUACAAGGAGUUGUCACCAGAGAUGGAAAACGACCGCGCAGUUGCUGCACGCGAAUGCUCCUUCUGGGCUAACUAUCUCCCGAAGGUGUCUCUCUUCACAGAUGAUCUUCCAGAUUUAGAAGAAGAUUGGCGAAACAGUUAUUACGACUGGAAGUAUGUGGCAUUGGAAGAGUGGCAGACGGUCUUCAACGAAUAUAAAGAGCUGACAGAGCCAUGUACCUAAUUUGAGACACAAGCUACAAAACCCAUAAAUUCGGCGUAUGACAGUGUGUUUUAUAACAAUCAUCACAGCAAUCGUAUUGGCUAUAUGCAGGCACGAGAUUGAUUGGUUAAUAUACUUUUUAAUUAAUAUACAUAUACAUAUAUAGCUCUUUAAUAUAGGGCCUAUAUAACUUUCGGUACCAACAUGUGAGACUGCUUUCUCAGCCCUGAUAUAUUUUUAUAUAAUAGGCCUAUGCUAAAUUUAACAGAGCAACCACUGACCAUCACAACAUAGUGAGCACGUAAACAAUUUAAUGAAGCACUUUUAUGUUUAAUACUAAUAUAUAAUACUAUAUAAGUCUUACAUUUAAACAAAUAUAUUUUUGUAUUAUGAUGCAUUUUUAACACUGGUUUUUUCGUCACAUUUCUUAAUUUGAGAUGUUUUUAAAAUUAAAAUUUGAAAGUUACGUAAUUCAAUAUUAUUAUUAGUAAUUUAAGUUUCAGUAAGUGUUGUAGAAGGUCAAAUAAAUUUUAAAAUGUCUGAGGACACCUUUCAUUUGA